UUAUGGGGCUUAUGUUUGUUUUUAUAUUAAUGAUGUACUAUCUUAAUUUAUGGAGCUGCCCUACCACCUAGCAAAAUAAGUUGUCCUUAUUGGUAGUGACUGGGAGAAUAUAUUAAGAACAUGCAGACUGACUGAUGAAUAGCAAGCAUACGUAUUAUAAUGUAUUAAUUGUUUCUCAUGAAAAUAGGAGCACCUCCCCUGGAAGGUGGCAAUGACUGAUUAAAGCAAGUCUAGUGACAUGAUUUCACCCAUCUACAUAUGAUACAGAAUACAAUAAAGCUUAUACAAAUAUAAGCUUAUAUAAAUACAAUACCAUGAUUCUCCAUUGGUUUAAACUGGAAACAAAUGAAAGAAAGUGUUGGGUGAUUGGGGAUGGGAGGUACUGUACAACACAGUUGAAGAGCCAAGACUUUCAAAACUUGUACAUAUUAUGCCUAGCAUAUUGCUUGAUCCCAGCAAAUUAUAAUAAAAUCAUAAUUAAACUCUGGGUUAGCCCACUGUGAACCAUCAUCUCAUUGUUAUGUUCAAAAGUACAUCUAAAGUCUCUUUUCCUCUUCCCUUAGCCAGUUUGCUGUGGGAUUGACUUUCAGUUAAGAAAAAUUUGAUAGACUAUAUAUUUUCAAUAAAGAAAUAAGAUCCAUCAUUUUUUUUUACAAAAAUUACUAGGAAAAGACAGUAUUGUAGCAUUCUUCAAUUUUCCAGAUGAACUGCAGUUGCAUUUUCCCAGGCCCCGUUGUCUUAAAUUGUGGGAGUCUCCAAAUGUUUAGAGAGUUCCAGGAUAAUGACGGUUUAUUUUUACAAUAAACGCUGUUAAUGUUUAUUAGGCAUUAGAAAUAUGUUCCUGUAAAAGUGAACAAUUCCCUGAAAAGAACUAUUAAAUGAUGAUAUACGGUAACUGAGCGGAUCAGUUCUCCUCCACAUCCCCUCGGUGCACACAAUAUUUUAAGUCUGCCGCUCUGAUUCUUGACGGGCAGCUCAAAAACAAGUCACGGGGGAAUCCGAAACUUUAAUCCCGCCUCGAAGUGCUCCAGCGCUGCAUUCGGCUGGGGCGUGGAGAAAAGAAAAACGUAUCCGUAGGUUGGUUGUGUGGACGCCUGAAAGUACGAUGAGCGCCGAGUCGCUGACUUUGGAUUGCAUUAUCCAUCUCUUCUCGUACUUGGAAGUGCCGGAUUUGCUCAGAGCAGCUCAAGUGAAUAAGGCAUGGAACGGAGCAGCAGAGACCACCUUUCUCUGGAGAAAUAUGUGUCUAAAAAGGUGGGCUUUCUGCAAUAUCUCUGUGAUCCCAGGAAUCCACUCUUGGAAAAAGUACUAUCUUCAUCGCUCAAAUCUUGAAUCUAAGAUGACAUCAGGACAGCCUUCUGUUGAUUAUACAUGUAAAGCUAUAAGAGGACACAAUGGAGUGAUACAUGAAAUGGCUUAUCUAUCAGAAAACGAGCAUAUGUUUGCAACAGGAAAAGUAAAUUCCACUAUAUGUACUGUAUCUUCUGAUGGCACAGUCAGGGCAUGGAAUGUCCAAGAGGGUAAACAGAUUUGGUCUAGUCCCCAACAGGAAUUUCCACUAGUGAAUAUUAUCACAUUUCCUGCAUUUAACCUGGCAGCUACAGCAGACACUCAAGGGACAAUCAAACUCUGGCAUGGGACUACAGGGGAAGAACUUUCAACUUUUUCAGUGUCAUCCACAUCAUGCUGUAUGGUAGCCUACACAAUAAAGAAUAACCCAUUCUUGAUGGUGGGCACUGAAGAAGGCUCACUUUAUACCUUGGCAGCAACUGAUCUAAGCCAAAUUUUAUACAAAAAAGUGUUUAAGAACUGUGGUAUACAGUUGUCUUUGUGUUCACCAGAUGGGCAAUGGAUACUCGUUUGUCCUAGUGAUACUGCUUUUUCACCAAAGGUAUUUAACACAUAUUAUGCAACUCAGCCAGAAGAUGAUGAUGUGAUGCUAUCUAGUCCUUUACCUAUUACAAAUCAUUGUCAGGUGAUGAGCUGGUUACCAGCUGAAUCAGCAAGAAUUGCCAUUUUGCACAAAAAUGAGAUGUUUCACAUUGAUAGCUUUGAUAUAGUAAUUGAGAAGUCUAAAUACAAAAAGAAUGUUACAGCUAAACAGGUUGCAAGCUUCACACUACCAGCCCAAGAGCAGAUGACAAGUAUGAAAGGAUUUGGCAAACAAACCCUUCUUAUAGCAACUGGACCAGAACUGACAGUAUACUCUCUGAGCGGGACUGUAUUGAUGGCUUUCAAGGAUCAUCAUAAAAUUAUUACAUCUAUUUGGGUGGAUCCUUUUCAUGUCGUGACAUCUUCCAUGGACCUUUCACUCCGUGUAUACUUCUGGAAAAAUUACAAAUCCUCUUUGUUGACAAGCUGCUAUCAUUUACUGGGAGGAUCUCACAGAUGGUCAAGUGGCUUCACAUCUGUGGCAUGCGAUGAUGUCAGCAUUGUUGGAAUAGUGGCUGGAAUUGAUGGCAAAGACAUUUUAAGAGCAUAUUCCUUUCAUCUGUAAGAGUUCCAUGCACUUCUGUUUCAUUCUAAACGUUUUCCACAGUUGUCCAACUCAAAUGAAAAGCAUAAUUGAAACCACUGCAACUAAUUGACUGAAGUGAUCGAUUACCUUUUCAAUAACCAAUUUAACUAAAUUCCACUUGGCUUGAAAAAGGCCCACAAUAGCUUUGUUUAGCUUUAUUAAAUGUAUCUUAUAGCUUAUUAUGUGCAUGUAUAUAAUUUUAGAUUCUGUAUUUAUAUAUGCUUGUUUUGCUUUUUCUAUUUUUCCAUUUAUAAAGGCUACUCUAAAAAUUAUAUCUGAAUGUACAAUAUAAAUUAUACUCUUCAAAUUAUACUCUGUGCAUUGUGGAAAAAAAACGUUCAUAGGCUAAAUAUGGUCAUUGUAAAUAAGCAGGUAACUUGUUCACUGCGUGAAAAAUGUGUAUUUCAAAAUUAAUUUGACAGGGAUCACCAAAGGUUAUGAACUAGAUCAGGGAUGUCAAACUGGAUUUCUUCAAAGGCCGGAUCAGCUUUGUAGUUCUCCGUGGGCCGGCCGGAGGAGGGAGGGGAGAUGGGAACGACCAGAUCAGUCCUUCGUGAUCCAGGCAGACGCCAGCGACGUGGCCAUUGCAGUGGUCCUCCUUCAGAAAGAUGCCAGAGGUAUUUUACAUCUCUGCGCGUACACCUCGAGGAAACUGACGGAGACCUAUCAAAGAUGGGCAGUGUGGGAGAAAGAACCUUAUGCGAUCCGAUGGGCCCUACUAACCUGGAGACACAGAGCACCGUUUUCGGCCUGGAUGGCUUCCUGCAGCACUCUGCUGGGCAAAACAGGGCACAGGGAGCUGCAUGUGGCCUCCCACUACCACGUUGCCAGAGGCACCAUGGGCCGGUCCUUUGCUAUUUCUAGGCUGGCCCCGGGAGCCAGAUUUAAGCACCCUGCAAGCCAGAUCAAGCCCGCAGUCCUUGAGUUUGAAACCACUGCCCUAGUGGUAUUUUCAAUUGCUUUCUGAAAUUUGCUUGGUUCUUGUUCCUUGAGUUUAUCAGCUAUGUGAGCUUGAAAAAGGGUGUUUUCCUGUAUUUCUGUUCUCUUGUUUUCUGUUUGCAUAUUUAUAUUCUGCACUGGGAAUCAUGAGUCAGACUGACCCAGAAGAGGAAGACUUAGAAUGGAGCAGUUGACAACAUUUCAAGAUAUCUGUCCAAUUGUCCUUCCCAGAUGAAUAAAUUAGGAGAAACAAAAAUUUGGGAUUCUUUUUCUCCCAGGAUAGGAGAAUCUGAUUCUUCUCUAACACCUAUUAUAGUCCUGUUCUGUACAAUUUUAGGAAAGUUACUUUGCUGAUAUGUAGGUCAAAUCUCAAUCUUCUUUACAUAGAACAUAGUUGCUUAGGCAUACCAACAAUUAAUCUAUUCUAAAACAUACAGAGACUUUAUUGAAAUAUAAAGACAUAUUUAGAUGAUAAAAUCAGAAAAUAUUAGAAGGGAACAUAAGAAACACAAUCUCUCGCAGAACUGAAUUUCUAUUUUAUUAUGAAAAUACAUACAAGAGCAGUACUAGACUUAAAAUGAGUUUGAAAUCACAACACUUCUCCCCAGUAUGCAGGUACUUUUUUUUUUUGUUCUUGUUCUUACAUUCUUCUGGCAAAGGGGAAAGAAUGUUUCAUCAAGGUAGUUUAAGGAACUUCUGCAUUAUUUGGUUUAUUUGAUUCAAGGGACAAAAAUGUAAUGGUAAAUCUUGCAAAUUUAUAGAAUAAUUUAGAUUAAGAAUAUGGAAUUCGACCAACUAUGAUCCUGUUGUGAUAUUAAAGCCCUAAGAAAGGCAGCAGGUUGUAUAGUUAACUCCUUAUAGGCAAAACCACUGCCCUAAAACUAUGCAACCUACUACCUCUUCCUAGGAACCCCACCAUUUCUUCAUUCUUCUAAAAAAAAAAAGUCAUUGUGAAAAGUUAUGCACAUCUUUAAAGAUUAUGCAGUAUAAAACAUAUGCAGGUUUAUUACCAUUGUUCAUUUGUGGUAAACAGGAAACAUCCUUAAGUGUUAAAUAUUUUGACAUCCUAUCAAAUGAUUAGUAUACACAUAAGUAUAUCCCCAGUCCAUCUGAAACAAAAGAAUGGUUACUUUCUUAAAGUACAGUUUAGUUUCACAAGAAUGUAUUUUUGAAAUAUUCAUUCAGUAAGAACAUGAGUAAUACACAAACAUAAUUUAUUCCAUCCUCAACAAGUAUCUCUCUCAGUAGAUAAAAGCAAAAUGAUUCUUACAACCUCAUGAACAGUUUGCCGGUAAAAACAAAAAUUGUAAUUUAUUUUAAACCAAACUGCAAAUAAUCCAUUACGAAUACUGUAGAAUUUUUACUCCUCAGGGAAGGCAAUAGAUUGUAUAGUUAUCUCCCGAAGAGGGCAAAAUAACUACCCUACAACUAUACAAUCUACUACCUCAACCUGAUAAGAGAAAUGUAUUUAGAAAGUAAAUUUGUUCAGAGAAUAUUCCUUUGAAUUUGAUUCUAAAAAUGUAGCAGGAAACUUUUGGGUUCACAUGUCCCCCCUUCAAGGCCUUUUGAAUUAUGGAAAACAGGUACUAGGAAUAGGGAAAUACUGCCAAAACUGGUCAAAAGUAACUUGAACACAAAAGAUUUACUUUUUUGAAUUACCUUUGCGUGAGUUAUUUCCCUCUCAAGUCUCCCAUACCAUUAGCCAACUUUAAAUGCUAUUAAAUAUGGCACCAGUGCAAGUUCCCUGUUGGUUGGUUGCUUGCUUGUUUACUUUCUUGCUUCCUUGAAAUAAUAUUCAAUUAUGAACAUUAUCUACCACUGCAAGUAGUUUCAGAAUAAAAUCAGACUAAUGUUGCUGAUGAUUAUCUGCUUCCUUAGGAAAGACAGUAGACUGUAUAGUUAUCUCCCAGUGGUGGGUAUGACCCUAAAACUAUACAACCUACUACCUCAUCCCACAGAGCAGUAUCUUCAUUUAAUAGAUGGCAAUGUCUUUUUAAAAAGGAUGCUAAAACAAACAUCUCUCCGGUUUAAUUAUCUGCGGUAUUUCAAAGCCGUUCUUUCUAGUUCAAUAUCCAAAUGGUUCACUCUGGGGAACUUCUUUGGAUGAAGAAAUUAAGUUGAGUUCAAAUACUGAUGCAAGGCAACUAUUAUAUAGCGUUCCUCAUUCUAUUCCACUUUCAAACCUAAAAGGAGGAAGGAAAGUUAAUGAAAACCAUCCUAAAUAAAUAAAAGCAUGCAACUGCAAUUUCAGCAAUAAGAAAUGCCAGAUGUUAUAACAAUACAUUAAUGGGACAGGAAACCAAUACUAUUCUUUAUAUUGAAAUAAAACACAGGUUGUAAAUAAAGAAUGUUUUGUGCAUUUGUUAUAUGAAAAUUGCUCUGGUAGAUACUAAUAUUCAAGUUUUGGAAAUUUUGAAUGAACUAUAGAGACUUUUUUCUCUUAUCUCAAACAGAUAAUUGAUGCAAAACUAAGAAAUAGACAGGGACAAGUUGGGUGAAAAUGAAUAACAUGACAGUAAAUAAAGGGGUCAUGCAGAAAUUUGAAUCCCAAAUAUGUCCACUGAAAAUAUCAUAAACUAUGAGAUAUCCAUAGUUUAAAACCAUAGGGCCCCAUAAUAAAUCUAAACUUUGUUUACUAUAUUUGAGUGGGAUAAUCAAAACAGUUGAAUAAUGCUUAUACUCCUUUGAGUAGGUAUCAGAAUCCAUGUGACAAGUUGCCCUUGCAAUAUUCUGGUAAAUUUACCUAAAUGUUUAAUAAAUUUACUAUGUUAAAGGUAUGGCUUGUGUUUUAGUACAUUGGGAAUAAAUUGAACAUAUUACAUUUGCUUUGUAAUACAUUUGCUUUGUCUAUGAUGCAUAUAAUUUUUAAAAAUACACAUAAUUAUUUUUCAAAUGUAACAGUCCUGAAAAGCUUAUAAAAUAUUUGAUCUAAGGUAGUUGCAAUCAAUUGCUUCUUCUAAGAACAAAUAUAAAACUGAAGAGGAGAGAAUGACAGUUUAUUCCUACAAAAUAACUUUAUUUGUAUUCAAUACUUUGAUUUAAUAAAUUUAUAGAUCAGA